AUGCUGCGACGCGACAUCAGCUACAUUUUAAGGAACAAGACAUUUGUACCGGCUCUCUUUGCAAAAGAAUGUCGGAAUUAUGGAACUUCAUAUUCUACGGUGCACCAGGAACCGCCAGGUCCUCUGAUAAAGACAGAAAUCCCCGGACCAAAAUCAAAACAACUCUUAAAAGAAAUGAUGGAUAUUCAACAAUGUGGAUCAGUGCAACUCUUUGCGAAUCUUGAAAAAUCUGCUGGCAAUUACUUUGCGGACGCAGAUGGCAAUCUCUUUUUGGAUGUUUACACGCAGAUAUCUUCUAUACCUCUCGGGUACAACCAUCCGGCGCUUCUAAAUGCAUUCCGCAGUGAUAGUGAAGUGAGAGCUUUGGUAAAUCGUCCUGCUCUUGGAGUAUUUCCUUCAGACGACUGGCCUAAAAAAUUGCGAGAUGUUCUGUUGUCAGUCGCACCACCAGGCUUGCAGCACGUCAUGACCAUGAUGUGUGGGGCUUGUUCUAAUGAAAAUGCGUUCAAAGCUGCUUUCAUAUUAUAUUGUACAAGAAAACGUGGUGGCAAAACAACAUUUACGGACGAAGAAAUGAAAACAGCACUUCUAAAUAUUCCCCCAGGAGCUCCAGAUUUAUCAAUUAUGUCGUUCAAGGGUCUGAAUAGUAGUGGCGCUUUCCAUGGACGUACAUUUGGAUCUUUGGCGACUACGAAGUCGAAAGCUAUUCAUAAACUGGACUUCCCAAGUUUUGAAUGGCCAGUUGCUAGAUUUCCAGAAUAUAAAUAUCCGUUGGAAGAGUUUAGACGUGAAAAUGAACAGCAAGACAAAGAGUGUCUCGCAGAUGUUGAAGAACAAUUUGACAGGUGGGAAAAGAAAAGGCCUAUCGCUGGCGUUAUCAUUGAACCCAUUCAGGCGGAAGGCGGUGAUAACCAUGCUUCACCGGAGUUUUUCCAAGAAUUGCAAAAAAUAUGUAAACGCAGAGGAGCGGCCUUGAUCAUAGAUGAAGUCCAGACUGGAUGUGGACCGACAGGCAAAAUGUGGUGUCACGAACAUUUCAACUUGCCAUCACCACCUGACUUGGUCACAUUCAGCAAGAAAAUGUUGACUGGAGGAUUUUAUUUCAAGCCGGAAUAUCUAUCACCACAGCCGUUAAGAAUUUUCAACACGUGGAUGGGAGAUCCAUCGAAGUUGGUUAUGUUGGAACAAGUUAUCAAAGUAAUGAAAACUGAAAGACUUCUACAAUUAGUCGAAGAGACAGGAAAGGUUCUUAAAAGUGGCCUGCACGCUCUAGAAACCGAAUUUCCCUUCAUGAUAAACAGCGUGCGUGGUCGAGGCACAUUUUUGGCAUUCGACGCCGCCACACCGGAAUUACAGGAUAAGAUUGUCAAAACCUUGAAACAAAAUGGUGUGCUCGGAGGUGCGUGUGGAAUAUGUACAAUUCGUCUUCGACCGGCUCUUAUUUUCAGACCGAAACACGCUGAACUCUUUUUGGAAAUACUCAGGAACACUUUGAGGCAACUGAUGUCUUGCCGUUGUUGA